AAUCUCACAAGAAGGAGCCUAUCUCGCGUAAAGAGAUUCUAAAUAGGGAGGUGGGUGACGUCAGAUGUUGAGUUGCGGCCCCCCUCUCUCCCUCUACUUUGCUUUUUUAUUACGCGGUUUGACCAAGAAGAAAACUUUAACACAAGGGACGCUGAACGCCAGACCAUCACUGAGACGACAAGGGCCGUGAAGACAUAGCGAGCUCAGGCUAACCAUGUACGCUCCGACCAGCAUGCAGUCCAUGGUGCUGUGGUUCGCCUUCAAGCUGGGGACUAUUACAACGAUCACCUUAUCGCUACUCCUCGCCGCACUAGUGGUCGUGUUUUACUUUCGUUGGCGACGGACAUACGUGCACUUGAAGAAUGUCGGCGGGCCAUCGGACGACUGGCCACUGCUCAGGACUAUCACUUCUCACAUGGCCAUGCAAAAUAUGCAGCGAGAGUUCGGAGUGGACUACAAUGUCUUGUUCUUCCAGUACCUGUGCGCUGGCACUGCCAGGAUGAGGCACCAACCUUUCUACAAGGCGUACAUGGGCGACGUACCGUACGUGAUUAUCGAAAAACCGGAGGCUGCGGAGGCUGUGCUGAACAGCAACGUACUGAUUGAAAAAUCAAUUGAAUACAAGUGGCUGCGACCAUGGCUCGGGACAGGACUUUUGACGAGUUCCGGAAGUAAGUGGAAGAUACGCAGGAAGAUGCUGACACCGUCUUUCCACUUUCGUAUCCUGGACGACUUUUUGCCCAUCAUCAACGAACACGCUGUAGUGUUCACAAACGUGCUCAGAGGAAAACUGGACGAGAAGAAGGGGUUCGACAUCGCGCAACUAGUCGCGAGAUGCACCUUAGAUGUUAUAUGUGAGACUGCCAUGGGAACCUGCGUGUAUGCACAGAAGUACAGUGACUCUGAGUACGUCAAGGCUGUUAUCAGGCUGGGAGAGCUGUUCUUCUCCCGGGUUAGCCAGCCGUGGAUGUGGCUAGACGCAGUGUACAACCUUACAUCGGAAUCGGCAGAGUUUAGCCGAUGCCUGAGUAUCAUUCACACGUUCACUCGAAAGGUUAUCAGAGAACGGAAGCAGAUGUACUUAAAGCUUCAGGCUGAAAAUGCGGGAGACUUUAACGACGAUGCCUUCCAGGCCAUGAAAGCUCGGCGUGCAUUCUUGGAUUUACUGCUUUCUCAGCAUUUCAAGGACCCGUCUUUCACGGAAGAAGAUAUUCGCGAAGAAGUGGAUACAUUCAUGUUUGAGGGCCACGAUACCACGGCAGUUGGCAUUAGCUGGGCUCUUUACAUGAUUGGGCUUCACCAGGACGUGCAGGACAAGAUCGUCGAAGAGCUCGACGAAAUCUUCGGCAGCGACACCGAGAGGGAUGCUACAAUGGAAGACGUUAGGAGGAUGAAGUACCUGGAAUGCGUACUUAAGGAAUCGCUGCGUCUUUUCCCAUCAGUUCCGCUUAUAGGAAGGGAACUGCAAGAAGACUGGCAAUAUGCUGGCACAAACUUUCCAAAGGGAACCAUCUGCACCAUAUUCAUCUACAGCUUGCACAGGGAUCCGAAGACAUUUCCGAAGCCUGAGGAGUUCAUUCCAGAGAGGUUCCUCCCCGAAAAUUGCGUCGGAAGGCACCCCUUUUCAUACGUGCCCUUCUCGGCAGGACCUAGAAACUGCAUUGGUCAAAAGUUUGCGCUGAUGGAGAUGAAAACACUGGUGUCCAGAGUGCUCAGGAACUACAGGUUACAGUCCAUGUACCACAGAGACAAGGUGCAAAUGGUGUCCGAACUGGUACUGAGGUCGCGAAAUGGGCUUCACAUCAAAAUCUCGGAAAGACAACACUGAACCGAGCGAGCGGUGCCUCACCCGAACCUGUACAUAUUUAUUCCUUCAACAAGACAAGGAAUAUGCAACGCCCAGCCGCACCUAAAGCAGCUCUGCGAAGUGAGCAGUCAUUGAGAAGAAUUGUGCUCUGGUCUACAACGACGGAGGGGAUGCAAGAAAACUUGGCCUGUGGCAGCCAUAAAAUCCCCCAUGAACAUGGCCUUCAUGCGAAGCGAUGACCAACGCAACUAAUCUGCUCAUUAUAAGUGCUGUCUUCCAAAGCUUCCUUGUCGGAACGAACGAAGGCAAAAGCUCAAUCUUCGGUCCAAGCGUUGAGGAUUUUUCACACCGGUGACGACGGGGUUGAGCUGAUAUUGUAAAUAAGAUGCGAACUACAGUGACGCCCGUCGAAUUUUA